GUACCAGGCUGGUACAGACCGGUGGACUGAAGUUCCUCAGCUCUGCUUCGGGUGAAGCCUCGUGGAGCUGCUGAUCUGCCUGACAGACACUUGGGACUACUUUCCUCUCGCAGUGCCGCUCACUGCUGCAGGAGACAUGUGGCACCGUCUGUCUCUGCUGCUCUUGUGUUGUGCUCUGACCGGACUUGAUGCUCUGGAGGCGGACAGGAGCGAUACGAUGCCGCCGACCCACGCUCCGGUGGCGGGUCAGCAAGCGGAGCAGGACGCUGCUCCCUCCGCGGCGGCCAUAACGGAGCCGGGUCCCCGAGAGGGACAGCAGCGGCCCGCGGGGAGAGACGCUCCGGCUGCGGGUGCAGAGGGGAGAGUGGAGCGGCCCACCGCCGAGCCUCUGGAGGAUGAGCUGGACAACCAGGAGAACAUCAUCAGCCAGUUGCUGGGUGAUUACGACAAAGUAAAGACUCUGUCAUCAGGCUCCGACUGUGUGUGCCGCUGCAUUGUUCGACCAAUGAAGCGCUCUGACUGCAGCCGUAUCCCUGACAGUGGCGCAACAUCGCCGCCCCAGGAUUUUUACACUGUGGAGACGGUUACCAAGGGAACAGACUGCAAGAAGUGUGUGUGCAUGGCGCCGCCUUCAGCUGUCAACCCCUGUGAGGGAGAGUACAGGUUUAAAAAACUGCAGGAGGCCAGCAAGGAUGACAUUAAGCUGGCAACUAUCAUGGACUUGUUGGAGGGCUCUCUGUAUGGAAUGGACUUGUUAAAGCUCCACUCUGUCACCACCAAACUGCUGACCAAGAUGGACAACAUGGAAAAAGCUUUCGCACGUAACUUUACAGAGCGAGCCAGAGAGAAAGAACGUGCAAAGGACAGAGCAAAAGAGAAGGAGAAAGAGAAGAAGGCCCAGCAGAAGAAAAAGAAAAUGAAUGAUCUGAGUCAUGCAGGACAGAAGAAUCGAGCUCCUGCCUCCACUAACAAACAGAAGAAUAAUGAAGUUCAGCUGAAGAAAAACCAACAGCAAGAUCAACUGGAACAACAAGAGCCAACCAGCAACAAGACAGCAAGUCAAAAGCCAGUCAAAGAGAAGACCAGCAUGGUUGUCAAGGGCAUGACCUUCUAUAAGGCAGAAGAAGAGAUAUAUAAGACGAAUGAGAGAGGGAGAGCAAAGAAUUCGACUCUGACUGCACAUACUCCAUGGGACUUCCUGAUUUCUGACCAGCUCCCAUCUGACAGGACUUUCCCCAUCCAGGAUCCAGGACCUGAACCCACUGUGAGCACAGAACCAGGCGGCAAGGACGCAUCGAGGAGAGUAAGCAGUCCAGCCUCAACCCAGCGACCAACCGAUCACCCCACUACCGCCAAACAAACCACCACCACAGCCAAACCAGCCCCCACCACCAGAAAAACAACAACUGCAGUAACCACUGGCACAGCUCCCAACCCAACAACAACAACCAAACUGACAACAACGUCUCAACAAACUACGACUGCUACAACUACUACUCAGGCUACCACAUUUCUCAUCCAGCACAGCACCUCAGCUUCAAAUCCCAGUACAAGUCCACCUGUUGAUGCGCCUCCCAUGGCAGAGCCUCAGCGCGGACCCAAAAGUCGACUCAGCUGGACUGAGAGCCCUAAGGACCAGCCAAAGACCACCAAGAAGCCUGGAAUGUGUAAGGACACAGUAGCCAGCCUCUCUGAUCCGGUACAGCACAACUCUUACGGCCUAAGUGACGGGGCCUGGAUGAGAGAUGCCCGCGGCCAUGGCAACGUCAUCUACCUAACCAGCGGGCUCUAUGGAAACAACCUGCAAGAGUUCAGAGACAUGGAAACCUUCAAAUCAGGUCAGGCGAGUAAUUCAUACAAGCUGCCCUAUAGCUUCACCGGCACGGGCCACGUCGUGUUUAAUGGGGCUUUCUACUACAACCGUGCGUUCAGCAGGGAUGUCAUCAGAUACGACCUGAGGCACCGAUAUGUCGCAGCCUGGGCCACGCUGCACGAUGCGAUACUGGAGGAGCAAGCUCACAGAACGCAAACUGAAGUGGAGUUUGCUGUGGAUGAGUCCGGCCUGUGGUUACUCUACCCUGCUCUGGACACAGAGGGCUUUCACCAGGAAGUAAUCCUGCUAACCCACCUCCAUCCCCGCGACCUUCAGCCAAUGAGGAGCUUCCGCACAGGUCUUCGGCGUGGUCUCUACGGGAACAGCUUCCUGGUUUGCGGUGUGCUCUAUGCUGUGAACAGUAUGGAGCACCGCUACGCCAACGUGACGUAUGCCUUCGACACGCACACCCUCACACACACCGUGCCGAGCCUCUCGUUCACGAACAUGCACGCGCACACCUCACAGCUGGCUUACUGCCCAUUGGACAAGAAACUGUACGCCUGGGAUGAUGGACAUCAGAUGAUUUAUGAUGUCAUCUUUGCUUAUUAGCACAAUGAAUGGACACAAGAUGGAGGAAGUGAUGGCAACGGUGAUGGUCAACAGAAGGAUGGAUGAGUUCAAAACAAAGCUGAGGACAGAAGAUUAGCUGAACAGAUCAAUGUUUAUUCGUGGAUCAGUCUAAGUGAAUGUAUUUUAGUAUCGACCUCAACUGCUGCUCUACCACACACACCAAAGUCAGCAUUGACCAGCCAGGGCUCCAUUUACCAUGAUCUCUCUCCAGGUUGAGGCGGUUUUCAGUGUACGCUCUUAAAUUUCCGUAGCAGCACUAAAGAGCUUCUAAGCAUCAGUUGUGUGAAAACGAAACAUAAUGUGCAGUGCAAAAUACAGCAUUCAGCUUGUUGCCCUUUGUAAUUCAUGUUACUGUAUAGAAGUUUAGGAAAGUAUAUUCUGAUUGAUGUAGCUGCUGUUUGAGCCAGAUGUUAUCUAACUUAAAUGAAAACUAAAAUAAAGCAGCAGUGAGUCGUGUUGAUAUGAAGCAGACAGAUGUACCUUCAGGAAUGUGUCCUUUCAGCCAGGAGAGAUGUUGAGAAAGAAGAGGUAGAGGAGGACAUAAGCUCAAUAAUUUAAGGGAAUUGUUAGUGCUUGUGUUUUUGUAUAAUUUAGUUUUCUAAUCUAACCACUAUUGCUCAUUGUACAUGAAACAUAAGCAACAAUAGCAUAUAGACGUAAAAAUUAACAAAAAUGUAAAUAAAUCAUGAUGGUUUGUUUUCUCCUGCAGAUGCUCUUAGCCUCUCACAAAUGAGUUUGAGGUUCCUGUUGAUAUAUGAUCCCCUCUAAAAACAUUGUCAGUUACGACGCCUUUGGGAAAUAUAGUUUGUAAGACUGAUUUUAUUAUCACCUUAUUCUCAAGAUGCCCCCAGAGCAGAACUCACAAUAUUAUACUUGUGCAUAUAUGAUCUUCGGGUAAUGACAGAAGAUACGGACACAAGAUCUCUUCAGGUUCAGUGUAUCAAUGAGUCUAUACUGUAUGUUUUUAUAAUGAAUGUCUGCUUAACGUGUUGCCUAUUUACCGUCACUCCUGUCAGAUAAUGUUCCUGAGCUUUAGGACAGCUGGGAAUGGAAGCUCUUAACCCUGUUGCUGUAAGUGCUUCAUCAUUGAAGUUCAGUCCUUGAAAAUGAAUUUCACACUCACACAUGCUCCACAUGGAGUUCCCAAGACAAGGUUGAUUUCAACUGCUGUACUACAAGUUAGACUUUUCGGUUAAUUUAUAAUAAAAUGU